AGCGUCCUCAGCCUCACCCCCUUUCUGGCUGCUCCCGCCGGUCCAGGCUCCGAGCCCGGAAGUGGAUAUUGCUGUUCGGCUGCGAGGACGAGGGGAGGGGGAAGUGCUUCCGGGGAAACGGGCCCCGGGUUGGUGUUUGUAAACUUGCCUCGGUCCCGGCAGGGCAGCGGCGGCCACGGGGUUGGCACGGUGUGCUGGGGCCUGGAGGAGGCGCCGCGCGGUGGGGGGGGGAGACAGCGGGAGGCCGCGCCUGGCAGGUUUCUGAACAGAUCGUGAACUUCAACGAGAGGAUUCGGUUGGAAAACGAAGACCAGCAGACUUUUUCUUCAGAUCAUAGGCAGGAGCCAGGCAGAGUCCAGGGAUUCUUGGAACAUCUAUCUUCCCUUUGGAGGACACUAAGAUCUAUUUGAAAACAAAGGCAGUUCAAUAUGGCAGCAGGACUGAAGGGACACAAAGGAGUUGUUACAGUGAUUUGGUGACAGUUCUUCAAACAACAGUGUCUUAGGAAAGGUGGAUCAAGAAACUCCUGAACUUUUGGGUUGCAUUAAGUGAGAAAUCAGCAUGGCUCAGGUGACCUGACACCUCAUCUCCUUUCAACUUAGGCAAGUCUCCUGGCUUGUGAAGGCCUAGCAGGUGUGAGUUUGGUUCCCACUGCAGCCAGCAAGAAGAUGAUGCUGAGCCAGAUUGCCAGCAAGCAGGCCGAGAAUGGAGAGCGGGCAGGUAGCCCUGAUGUGCUGAGGUGCUCAAGUCAGGGCCACCGAAAAGACAGCGAUAAGUCCCGGAGUCGCAAAGAUGAUGACAGCUUGGCUGAGGCCUCUCAUUCAAAGAAGACUGUUAAAAAGGUGGUGGUAGUGGAACAAAAUGGUUCUUUUCAAGUAAAGAUUCCCAAAAAUUUUAUUUGUGAACACUGCUUUGGAGCCUUUAGGAGCAGUUACCACCUCAAGAGGCACAUCCUUAUUCAUACUGGUGAGAAGCCAUUUGAGUGUGAUAUAUGUGAUAUGCGCUUCAUCCAGAAGUACCACCUGGAGCGUCACAAGCGUGUGCACAGUGGCGAAAAGCCCUACCAGUGUGAACGGUGUCAUCAGUGUUUUUCUCGGACAGAUCGAUUACUCAGACACAAACGGAUGUGCCAAGGGUGCCAGUCCAAGACUUCCGACGGGCAGUUUUCUCUAUAGGCACGAGGGGCCCUGGGUGGUGGGAGUGAUCAGAAGAAUUUACCGACGAGCGCACCCCCUCUGGUCUGAUGGUCCCACCACCACCCCAUCUGUACCUGUCCCCCUCCUGGAGGAGUGGACCCAGGAGACCAGAAGAGUGCAUCAGGGGACAGCAGCCUCAGAGCCUCAGCUCUGUAAAUAAUCUGAGACUACGAGCAUCUCGGGGAAGUUCCUACAGCAUUCCUGGGUAGGGAAGCUAGUCCCUGGACCCUUGGCUGAGGUUAUAGGUGGGGACUGAAGGUACAGGACCAAGACUGGUGUGGCUCCCACAACCUUGGACUCCAGCUGGCAGCUGAAAUGGAAAGGAUUGGGGAGAGGGAUUUGUUUGUUUGUUCUGUUCUUGUUUUUGUUUAUUCAAAAGCAAUUUUAGCAGCUACACUGUGGAUACAGGUAAUAUGGAGGCAUAGAUCCCUGGUCAAAGCAGGGACAAUGGCUGGCCCAGCCCUCCCCAGAAUUGAGUUUUUAGUUGCAGUUGAUCCUCAGUGUUCCACAGCCCUGCACCUCACCUUCUGUUUGAAGGAGAGGAGGAUCAGGGAUGGCAGCUGAGUUUACCUUGGUCUCCUUAUACACUGUAGGGACAGAAGGAAGAAUGGCGGGAGGAGCCCACAAGGGCUGGGUCCAACUAGAGUGGGCGGGUACCUCUUCCUUCCUCUGGGGAAGAGCGAGAGCUGUGCCCACGGCUGUUGCAACAGCCCGGGCCACCCUGAUACCUGAUGGGGUCAGCUCAAGUGCCUUGUGGAGGGAACUUGGGUGAGAGCGGCCCACGGAGCCCUUCCAUGCCCUCUUUGGGCACUCCAUCUUGGAGAUAGUGUGUGGCUACCUCGCUGCCGUUGACUCCUGAGCCAGACAGAGGUUUUGAGCAGGUAGUCAUGGAUAUCAAAGGGGGUUCUCUCUCCUUGUGCCCUCUUAGGAACAACCCGAGACUAGUCCCAAGUUGAGCAACAACUGUUCAAGAAACAAAGGAGUUUGGUGUCCCCUGACAUGACUGUUGAGCAGUGUGAGCUGCUCUCCCUGCCCAAGUCCUAUCACUGUAUUCAGGUAGAGGAGAUAGGGGUGUGGCCUUUGGUCCCAAAGAAUAAGAUCUUCGCUUCCUUCUUAAUGGCCAUCCCUACCCAACAAAGAAUUGGGGGGAGGGGGUGCUGCAGAGAAAGGACUGAGGAAGAAACCUGUUGUAGGUUUUAUUCUUAAUCAUACUCUUUGCUCCUCUCUGCCCCAACACCACCACCCUAUCCACCCCCAAAAAAGUGAUCAGGGGUAUGUGUGUAUGUGUGUGCGCUUGAGUGUGUUCAUUGAAAUGUGUGCUUGUGUUUGUAUGCUUGGAGAUGGCAUCUUAUUGAGCCAAACCCUUCUCUGGCCCUCAACUCAGGGGAGGAUGAGCAUGAAACAGCCCCCACCACCACCACCAAAUCUGAGGGUGCUUGAGGUCCCAGCUGAGGAACUUGAUUUAGGAGAGUGAAGGGCUUUGUUUUGGAGAGGUUUUUUUUUUGGGUUGAUUCAACAGGCUGGUUAGGGUGUUUAACCCAAGCCAAAGCUUGUAAACAUGAAUUUUCUAAAGUGAAAUAAAAAAUCCUCUGCCUGCUUUGGAAGGUUCUGGGGUUUGUUUGGCCCCCACUGUGGCCUGCCCUGACCUAUAGUGGGGAGUAAUCAUGGAAUAAUCAUGGAGGCUUGGUGAACUUGACCACACUGUCAGUGGGGAUCUAAGAUGGCAGCUCCAGGCAGUGUAACUUCAUUUCCUAGAUGCAGGAACAGCAGCAGAAAGCUCCUGGCUGUUAGGUGUGCGGGAGACUCUAUACCUCUGAAAUGUGAGGAUUUCAGGGAAAGAAAGGUGUGGCACCCUUCAGACUUGCCCUCACGGCUCCUGAGGUCCUUUGGCAGAGACACUGGGCAGUGUUUGCUGCCUGUGCUCCUGUAGCUUUAUGCUGGCACUGCAUUUGCUACGGCCCAGGGCCUAGACCUCAGUCCCUGAAGCUGCCCUGUGGUCCCCACAAGCCGGGUAUCUUCCAUGUGUGAGCGAGCCCCUUGCCUGUUAGAGACCUCUGCUGGGGCUGGAAUUUAUCAUUCACCUCUGGGAAUAUAUUCCUGGAAGGAAGCUACAUUUAGAAAACUUCUCCCACGAGCACUUUUGAAAAUAGGAGGCUUCAUUCCCUGCCACUUGCAGCCAAUCUGUUUAGGGUCAGAGUGUGUGUGGCAAGAAUCCUCUGAGUGACCUGUGCCCCUACGUGUGCAGAUGUGUGCUUAGGUCACAGUGUGCUGUGGCCCCCCACAGCCUCAGCCUCCUGCCGGGGUGGGAGGGAGAGGGAAUUUGUGAGCAGAUGUGGAAAGAGCCAUACCGGAAGCACCCCUGCCAAGGAUUGGGUGUGGAGGCAACUCAGGAGCAGGUAGGUGGUUAGUUCAGUUGUCCAGGUGCUGAGGUUCUGGGGCCAAGGAUGUGUGAGGAGAGAGGCGCAAAGAGGUGAAAGGAGUGAUUCAGCCUCCCAGAGGGCCCAGAAGCCCCACUUACACCCCAGGGAAACCACAGACGAAGAGCGCUGCAGAGGCUUCUGGGCCCAACGCCCCAGCCCUCCUCAGCUGGUGGGGUCUAGCACUGGACAGAUGCCUCAGGUGCGUUUGGAGUGAAGGGAAAGGGAGCUAGGGCAGGCUCUCAAGAGACCAGGACGUGGAAUUUGGGGACCUGGGAAAGAGUAGCAUCAGUUCUGGGGGGGCCCUUGUACCGGGCCCUACCAGCCCUGCCCUUCCCUGCACCCCAGUUCUUCUCCGUCCACCCCCCCCAACAGCCUCUUUCAUCACGUAGCUACUGAUUGUGCCCUAUGGCUUGACGUCGGAGGGUUCAAUGAGAUGUGGGGGGUCCCGCCACAACUUCCAACCCUCUCUCCAGAUGCUCUUUGCCUCUGCUGCAGUCCUGGGGCUUUUAUCUUAACAAUCCCUCCCAACUCUUCCUCUCUGCCCUCUCCCUCCCCCUCUCUCUCUCUUUUUUUUAAUAUACUUAUUUUGCUAUUGGGGGAGGGGAAUAUCAAAUGAACAAGAUCACUUUUAAAUGGUAGUUUUUAUAAGAUGUUAUAAACUUGUAUCUUUUUACCAUUAAAGUGCAGUGUAUGUUCCUUCGUGAUAUAUUUAGGAUAUUUAAAUAAAAAGAAAAUGGGGCUUUUCUACAUACUA